AUGGCCUCCCAAUUCAAGCGUGUGUCACUCUCCACAAACGAAGACUUCAGUUGGGUGUUUCUGGUAGAUUGGGUGCUAAUCUUGUCCGUGUCACUCCUGGGAGCGUUUUACUUUGGGAGAGUUUUUGGUUACACCUUAACGUUUCUGCUUGAAUGGCUAGCGUGGAAAAGAUAUAAGGUCAAGAUCAGCAUUCAGUCACUUAAAAUUUCGUUUCUGGGCGGUAGAAUCUUCUUCAAGAAUCUGACCGUUGUUACACAAAACCAGACGUUUUCUUUUCUGCAGGGCAGCAUUACAUGGAGAUACUGGCUGUUGAAUUCCAGAAAAACGGCCUUCGCAAAAGCAAGCGAGAAUAUCGACAAGAGUGUUGAAAAGCUACCAUGCCGGUUUAGAGUUGAAUGUCAAGGCCUUGAACACUUUAUCUAUAACAAAACACAAGCUUUUGACAACAUUCUGAACUCGCUGCCGCGAGAAGACCUGGAACGAUUCAAAGACUUUUUUCAGGAUAAUUCUGACAAAAACACAGAUGAAUGUAGUGUUGACGAGGACUCUGCAGGUCAGAGGUCACACUUAGAGACGUCAACAUCAUCACCCUCCUCGAAAUCUAAGUCCCUUAAUGAUAGAUCUUUUCAGUCACCAGAUUCGACCCCACCUUUCCUCAAACUUCUACCAUUAGAAUACAGCGUUCAGAAGGGAGCAGUGGUUAUAGGAAACAAAACGAGUUCCUCUGUAAUGGUUCUGAGCUAUGAAAAGUUAGACGGCGUGCUGGAUACAUGCCUUCCUGAUAGUAAGAUAGACCUUUACAAAAUAAAGGUCCGAAACGAAUUUCGGAAAUUUCACAUAUCUCUAAAGCCGAACUUGUCUCUCGAAAGCGAAAACCCUUUGAAAAGUUUCGUAAAACGCAGCAAGCUCUCUAAACUCUGGCAUAGGUCAUAUCAGCUAUUCUUCAAGACAGAUAGUCCUUCUUCGAAAAAUCCUGCGAAUUCCGCCAAGGAUGGCACGCGAAACCCUCUAAAGAGGUGGCGAGGACUGGGGCUCUACUGGAAGGAAGAAGAUGCGGCUUGGGAUGACAGGUUCCAGUUUGAUUUAUCUAAGCACGAAUAUGCUAGGUACACUAAAGUCAUGAAAUGCGAUAACAUGCUUUUAGAGUACGCUUUUGACGCGCCCGGUAUUGUUCCUCACGGUGCCCUUCCUACUUUUCAAACAGUAGAUGGACCUGACGUGGGAAAUAGCGGGCCUCCUCCUGACUAUUCCAUCGACAUUCAAAUUUCAGGCGCGUCUUUGUAUUAUGGGCCAUGGUCUCAUCAUGAAAUAAUGCCACUUCAGAAGCUUUUCUCGCCUGUGGUUUCCAGAGAUAGCCAGCCAGUUGAGCAAUUAACACCUGGUUCCAAGAGAAUAUACACUAGACUGAGGCUGUCGAUUCUUAUUGUUGGUGAAUCAGUUUGGCGCAUUCCAACAAGGGAGGCCAGUAAAGAUUUAGAAUUCUUGAAGAGGUUUAGGGAGACAGAAGACGAAACGAGGCCUUUCGGGUGGCUUGAAGUCUCUUUAUCCGAAGGGUCCGAGGUUCGGUUCAACAUCGCAAUGUGCCCAACAGCUACUGGGUUUGACAACACCCUCGACUUACAUUUUGUUAAGCCUGAGAUUAGGACCAGUGUCAAUCAUGACAUCUUGCUUAGCGCACAAACUCAUAGCAUGCAUGCCACCAUGGGGUACCCGCUGGGUUGGAACAAGAAGGCAGAAUGGGUGUUCGAUUCAGUCUCAAACCAAUGCCAGAUUUUCAUUUUGAAAGAUCACAUAACAUUACUUGGAGAUAUCAUCUCAGAUUUUGGUUCAGGCGAGCCAACUCCAUACGAGUUGUUCCGGCCAUUUUCCUACACUUUUAAUUGGAAUUUCACGGGCUACUCUAUUUACCUCAAUGUAAACGAUGCAAAUAUCGUUAAUAAUCCAGUGAAUUUCAAUGAAAACUGCUAUUUGUCUUUUCAUGGGGAUGACCUGAGAUUGAAUUUUGAAGUCCCGCAAGAAAACAUUGCAGGAAACUCAACUAAGAUUAAUUAUGAGCUUUUUACUCCAUUGUUUCGGCUCAAUAUGAACACUCCAUCAUGGAAUACGCUUCAUGAGUUUAUGAAAGACAAGGAAGUGGGGAGAUCGGCCAAUUUUUCGCUCAGUGGCUCCUACCUCUUUCACUCCAAACUUGAUGUUGACAACAUUGACACAAUAAUAAUAGAAUGUUGCAGCAAAUCAACGACGUUGAAAUGUUACGGGUAUGUAUUAAGAUACUUUUUGGGCGUAAAAAUGAACUAUUUCGGAGAUUUUGUUCACUUUAAAACGACAGAAGAGUAUAUGGAAGAACUGCGAGGUACCAAUGCUGUUACAAAGACAACGCACGACUCAGAGACCGAGAUUCAAGAAGCUCCAAAGCAGAUGGACGAGGACUCGUCACAACGAGAACAGCACAUUAAAGACCCCUUGACAGCUAAGAAAACCUCCUUAAAAAGGAUGGUUAAUGAAAAAGACGUGUGGUUCACUUUCGUUGUCGAAGAUGGGUGCUUUAUUUUACCAGAAAACCUAUACGAUUGCGACAGUUGCUACGCUCUUGAGUUCGAUUCACUUGAUAUUGAUCUGAGGCACAUAAACUAUUACAUGGAUAUGCAAGCAGCUCUGUCCCCUCUUCGAAUUAGAAGAUUGAUUGACUGUGGUUGUGAAGAAGUGUUUGAGCAAAAAGGGAGGGCCCUUUGUGGAGAGUUAGUUGCUGGCCGCCUCUCUCGUUUACAUAUCCAUACACAUCGAAUGUUCGGGCUUCCGCCAGCGGAGGAAACAUAUUUUUGCAAAUGGGACUUUUCCCUAGGCACCCUUGAUCUUUCCUCAGAUUUACCAUUCACUCUUGGAUUUAUCAAUGCCUGGAAAAAGUUGGGCUUUGGCUUUCGGGAUUAUGAAAACAUAAUGAAUUAUAAAGUUGCCCCAAUCUUGGACAUGACUUCUGUUACUCUCGCAAUAGAUGCAAUCGUCUUUUGCACUGAUAAAAUUAAAGACGAAACAGCUAUCCAAUUGAAUGCCCAAGACAUUUCUGCGAAAUUCGCUGACCUUGAAAAUUCACUGUAUUCCAGCAGAGUCGAUCUUGAUGUUGCUAAUUUGACGGCUUCGAUAAUCGAUAAAAAUAAAUCGAACAAAGCCAUUGCUUCCUUCAUGACCUCGAUAAAAAUUUCAAACUUCUGUCAACUGCAAGAUCUCUUGGCUCACUCUCAACAGCAAAAGGUGCAUAUAGCAUCAAAUGAUGCCCCAUUUCACCGCUGCCCUUUUUUGAUACCUCUCACCCUGCAAAAUUCAAGUGACUAUAAAGGACUAUUUGGAUGUAUUCCACCAGGUGUUUCAAUUCCUUCUCUCGCGGUACCACUUCAAACUGAAAACGUCAAAGCUGUUUUUCAAGGUUACUUGAAAGCUGAAAAUGCAUCAAAGGAUUUUGUUGAUCGGUGGUUUCCUGUCAAUGAAGUCAAGAAUAAAAACUCUUCGUCAUUAAAAGACUUCAAGGGUCAGCUGCAGCCUAUUCUUGAUGACAAUACAAGUUUAAGUUCAUCGUUCUCUGAUCCAACUUUCGAGCAUAACACUCUAGUUGUGAAUCUUGAAAAUUCAAGACUCUCAAUAAGCCCCGAAUGUUACGAGGUAAUUGGCAAUGCCGUAGAACAAUGUCACAAGAAGCUUAUAGAGCAAUUUAUUGACAAUAUCGAGUUAGAUGUUGUCCUUCAUUUCAUAAAAAUGGCUUCGAGACAAAAAAAUUACAAAAAUAUUAGAGUUCUUAUGCCUACCUUGGACGUAUUGUUUGAAACUUACAACAAGGAGAAUACCUAUGAUGUUGAAGGGCAAGUUAAGGUGACCGCGAACCAAGUCAGCCUUGAUUGGAGCCUUAAAAAAGGUCUAAAGCUUCCUGGCAGUGACAAUGAUCCGGAAGACACAACAAGUCUUCUAAAAAUUGAAUCCUUAGACCUAGAAGUCUUUAAUAAGUUGGAUAAAAAAACUAAAUUUGCUGAAAUGGAUGAAAAUAUUGCAUUUGGGUGCUCGGUGAAGGAAUUAGAAGCGUGGAGUUACUUGAACGGUAUUGCUGAUUCCUCUCUAUAUCUGAAAUCCAUCAAUGCCUCGGUUGCCUUAGAUAAGUUCAACUGGCUAAUUGAUUUCAUGAGAAAAGCUUUUAAUGAUUCAAAACAACUUAUAAAUCGGCUAUCUUACUGUACUGGACAGUUCAGGAAGGCAGAACAGGAGUUUUUUUAUCGCAUUUCGAAAGCAAGUGACGAAUAUCAAAUUACUCAUGAUCCACCAGUAAUCACAAAACCGGCCUAUAUUACUCGCUUGCCAAGUCAGCAUGUGAGAGAAAGUCGGAGCUGGAAAAUUGUCACUCGUUUGAGGCACAUUCUGAACUAUUUACCUACAACACUAAUCUCAGACAUCUUCAAUGAUCUCAAAAAUUCUGAAUAUCCGCCUCGCAGCACAGCAGAAGAGACUUUUCUCGAAAUCUUUUCAAACUGGGGAAACUGGGAUUACUCGGACGUUGAAAAGUGUUACAUGUACAGACGAGUUUUCACUAAUACUUUGGAUGAUACUGUUGCUCACGAAAGUAGCACAAAGAUCGAGACUGGGACUUUUAUGUUGAACUUUUUUGACAGUAUCAAUACUGGCAGUGACUCUGUUAUCCUUAAAAACCUUAAAGCCCAGAGAACCUUGGAAGCAUGCAAGGAUGAAGCUGCAGAAAAACGCUCUAACAUGAGCAACGCCGAGGACGAUCUUGAAGAACGUCUAUCCUGCAUUAUAAACAAAGCGCAGAUAUCUCUAAGUGACGGAACUCUCAUUAAGUUGCUGAGUGUAAGAGAACUGUUCACAUUUGAAGCAGAGCACGCGGCUGUGAAAGAAAAUGAAAAGCUACCUGCUUUCCAACAAUACACAGCAUUAGUUGACAGAUGCGACAUUCAACUUUUGUGCGGAGCUAAUAGGGCAAAUCUCAAAUCAUUUGGCAAUACUUUGACUAUUGUUCGUGAAAACAAGUCUGAGGAUGCUGAUGCGUUUUCAACGGCGUUUGCAUGGUCGUGGUUCGAAUUUGGAAUACGCCACAGAAACACAAUACUAUUGGAUGCAUUUUCAAGAAGCAGCGCGGUGGGCGCACAUGGUUUUAGCGGGAAAAACUCACGAAGGAAACUCGACUUACGAGCCAAAAAGUUCCGGUUAAAGCUGCCUUCGGAGUCAAAACACUACUGUACUUUCAUUGAUUCCCUUGAAGAAUCCUGGAAUAACCUAAGGCUUGCAUUAGGUCCAAAUACAGGGUUUCUAGAAAAACCUCAUUCUGCCGCUACGGAGAAAGUAGCCCCCCAGUUUGCUUUGAACAUUGAUAUCUCCGACCUCACCACUGAUAUAUCCUUACUAUCAUCUCUCGCCAUCACAAAAAACUUUAAAAAAUUAACCCUAGCUUAUGAGCAAAGCGCAAGUUCUGCGCUAAAGCUAGCGUUUGAAACACUUGACAUUGAUGUUUUCUCGACAAGGACAACCCAACAAUACCUAAAAAUUUCCCAGUCAAACAUUUCUUUCAGUUUGCAUCGUCCGAAGAAAAACAAUGCAAGCCCUCCAACCGUCAAGCUCGACUCAAAUAUAACUAAACUCAAACUUUAUGAUCCAAGAGACAUCACCCUCCCCCUUGGAAAGGAUAUCGCUCAGGCCAAGGCCUGUUUGGCUUCAUUAAAAAGUUGCUUCGGGAAGCUUAACACUAAAAAUGAUAAAGACAUUAUGUCACAAGGCAAUACAAAGUUCAAUUUUUCAGCUUCUUGGAUCUUCCAAGUUAGAUUAAAUUAUGUCGGACUGCUUAUUCCACUCGGUUCAACAAGUUAUAUCACUGAGCUGAAUGAAAUCUCUGCAUUUAUAACCGCUGAUGAGUUUACAAACAAGGCAAGUGAGAAUUCGCAGGGGGCCCUCCGCGGUGACUUAUCUGCUGCUAGCAUUGCUUUCCUCAUUAAUGACAGGAUGCUCCCAGAAGCGCUUUCCAGAGUUGUGGACUUUGCAGUAAGUAUCAAGAUUGCAAAAGAAUCAGAAGAAGUCAUCAGGUCUCUUCAAAUUGAAAGUCCUUACUUUAGGAUUGCUCUUUCUCCAUUUUCAUUGGUAAGGAUAUUGUUUCUUGUGAACGAGCUGUCUCGCUUAAGCGAAUUACAAAAGCGCCAAACUGUUGGCAAGCUUCCAGAGUCUGUUGAAGUCAGAGAGACAUUCAGAUUCCGUAGGGCCUUUCGGUCAGUCCAGGUCCUAUCCUACAACUUCUGUUUGGGCUGGAUAUUUGACGUGAAUGAUUCUCCGGAGCCGGGUUUAAUCUGGGGAUAUCAGCGGUUAUUUGCGGCACACGAAAAACCCUAUGGGAAGCUCACACUUUUAGAUGCUUAUUUUUCUAUUGCCGAAGGCUCGACAUCCGAUGAUUUUUAUGCUCACAAAAAUAGUUUUGAGAACCCGAACAGGAGCUUUUUGCCCAGCAUGCAGAUAAGAUACUGGAUUGAAAGCAAAGGCUUAACUGAUGAGCUAUUUAUCAGGAUAAAUGGUGAAAGACUUGAUGUACGUUUCUUGUCAAAAUCAAUUGAUGUCGCUGGUGGUCUAAUGAAAUCCCUUAAUAUGUUUGACGAGUUGAAGAAACAAUACGUCGAUCCUUUCAAGUCAGUUGCCAAUCCAAAAAGACCCUCUGCUACUUCAACAUUCUCAAAAUUUCCUGGGCUAUCAACCAUCCAAAGGGUUGAUUGUAAGGUUCAAUAUGCAGGUGGCGUUUUCAGGCUAUACUCUUUGGAUGACGUUCAAAAUGAAGCGGGCCCUUCAUUUCAGCUUGAAAGCCCCUCAGUGGAAAUUUUAUUUGAUUACAGAAGGAUGGUUCAUGGUAAACACAGUCACAUUUUGAGGGCUUGGAUGAUCGUCUAUUCAUCGCAUAACACAAUUUUUCCUACGUGUGUACCGGUCCUCAACGAAAUGGCUCGGGAUAUACGACAGCUUCUCAAGGGUUUCAACCGCAGCCCGCAAGAAGCCUCCCAUAAGUCUGUUUCACAGGAAAGCUUAGAUUACAGAAGUUUCUUAAGAGGCACAGACAUUUCAUUCCUUAUUGAUAUCGGCAAACAACAGAUAAGUUUUAGUUGCGAACCGAAAGCGAAAGUCCAGGCGGAUCUUGGAUUUGAAAAGCUGGCCGUGAAAGUGUUCACAAAUGAUCUUGACAUGUCUGAACCUCUAAGUCUAUCAAUUGAUAUCUACGAGAUUACAGCGAAGUCUAGACAUAUCUUUUCGCGAGAGGUAAGCACCUCGAUCAAAAUUGAUCAGCUCAGCUGGAUUUUUAUUUUGACACAUCCAGAUACCAUUCACACCUAUGGCAUAAUGCAUAUACCAAACAUUGACGUUUAUUUCAACAUCAAGCAGCUGCAGGAUUUGAAUAUUUUUGUCAACAUUUGGAAACCGGAUAGCUACGUUUUCACUCAGCCAGAACUUGACAGCGAACAUUCUCGGGCACUGACAUCCGAGGAGAAACCUCUUGUCGCGAAAUUCAAAAAAGUUUCUUCCACCACGUCUUUCCCUUGGAACUUCAUAUUAAUAAUCUCCAAAAUUAAAGGUGACAUAGACCUUGGAAUAUCACUCGGAGUUCUCAGCCUUACGACAGACAGGAUUUGGGCCAUAACGGACCACUAUUCUGACUGGACUCAGAAGCUAUCACUUCAGAUGGAGAAGAUACUUCUAUCUUCCGAUGGUCGUCUUGGAGGAACUUUGCUGCUUAGAAAUUUCAGCUGGAUGUCGCGUAUAAGAUGGCCAGUUCGAGAGGGCGUCUUUGAGAGCCCACUCGUGACUCUUGAUGUUUUGUUGGAUGAAUUUGAUCUCAAGCUAUCUUUUGACUAUCACCUUAUUUUGAUUGCCAGCGUUGAAGUACUCAAGCUAAAGCUUUUCAACAAAAGAGACCCAAGAGGAAUUUCUAGAAAUUUGCUUUCCGUGGCUAUUUCCUCCAAUAGCACGCAGCUCUUUUUAACAGCUUUAGCUCCGGCGAAUAUUUUGGAUGUCUACAAUACCAUUUUAAGAAUGAGAAAGGAUAACCGAAAGUCAUAUUUUGAAACACUCGGAGACUCUAACACAAAGGACACUAGAAGUGCAAGCACAAGCAAAGACAUCCUAAACUCUUUGAGUUUCUUGCGGACGGAAUUGGAGGUUAGCCUAAAAUUUGUCCAUAUUCAAAUAUACCCCAGUAAGUUGUUCGAUAUGGAGGUCCUCACAUUCAAAGCAAAGGAUUUCUUAACGCAGUCUCAAAUUGAAGGGGAUGAGAAGCUAAAGACGCAUUUGAAAUGGCAGAUUCAUGGUGUGAAAAUCGCUUUGUCCAGAUUCAAAAAUCAACUUCACGAGAAGGCUGCAUCUCAGAUCGGAGUCAAAGAAUAUAUUGAACAUGCUAGAAAAGCUGAUGGUGGAACAAUCCUUGUCAUACCAGCGAUUCUUAUUGGCAUGACAACAUGGCACGAUGUCGCAACAAACACCGUGGAACUACUGUACAGUAAUAGCUUUGGUGGGAAAAUAGGUAUAAGAUGGAACCUAGGAUCGAUCAAUUUCUUGCGGGAAAUGUGGGCCACGCAUGUAAGGGCAAUGGCCUUGAGGAGAUCACACAAUGGUCAACCUCGAGGAUUUUUCGAAGACGAGCAUCUGGAAGAAAAGCUUCGGGAUGUUGAUUUAGGAGAUGAAUACGAAUACGUACCCCUUGAGGAACCUCACAUUGAAAUACCCCAGACGAAAGAUUUAGGUGAAGCAACCCCACCCGUUGAAUGGUUUGGUGUCAAUAGGAAACAAUUUCCUGGUUUAACUCACCAAGCUAUGAUUGUCCCUUUGCAGAAACUAGCUCACAUAGCAGAGACGGAGUGGGCGCGGAUUUUAGGACGCGCUUAA